AUGGCUGACCAAAUGGCUGACCAAGAAAGUUCCCUGCUUGGAACUACCAUUCCGAUAGGGGCGGAGGAAAUCCACUCCGAGAUGCUGUUUCUUCGCUACAUUGAGACCCUAUCUUUGCCGCAUGCUUGCAAGCUGAUUGUUAGAUGGAACGCUCAUCCGUCGCCCGAUGAGUACAUCGCAAAGAUUCUGCGGGAGCUUCCGAGAGGCUACUUUCAGCAUCCACGCCUCCUCCCAAGUGGGACACGCUUUGUGUAUGCCGACGAUGGGCACCUAGUGUUGAAGCGAAUGAACAGACCACUGCCUAUGCAGCAACUGCACCAGGACUCCACUCUCGGAUUCGUUGGAACGUCUGAGCCACUCCUCCCUGCGCCCAUGCCGCAGCGACGACUGAGACCGCUCAACAGUUUCAUGGUCUUUAGGAGCUACCUGUCUCCGGAAUUUCCGGGCCUCCCGCAAAAGGUGAAGUCCAUCGCUAUCAGUGCAAUGUGGCAGGAUGAUGUCCUGAAAGAACAAUGGGUCAUUAUGGCCAAGGCAUACACCAUCCUCCGGGACCACUUCCAUAUGUUGGGCACUUUCAGUCUUCCUGAUUUCGUUCAGAUGGCUGCUGGAAUGAUGGCUCUUCCGGCUUCUAGCGAGUACAUCGUCCGGUGUGGCUGGAACGUUAAAAAGCUGGGAUCUUCUGUUAGCGUCACAAGGGCUCCUCAUGGUGACUACAAGCUUCCACCUAUGGCACCUCCCGCCCAGGUCACCGUCAAAGAGCUUGUUAAUGCUGUGAGGCAAGCGGGUCACGCCAUCCCGCAUGUCGGAGAGUGGCCACUGCACAUCGAAGAUGAUGGUUCUGUCUAUGCUAUUGACCCCAACCUUGGAACUCUUAUCCCUGAACCACAGGAUUGGGUCCUCAGAGACGUUCCACGAUGGCCUAUCGAAGAAUUUGAGGCGGAUGAAAUGUACAGUAUUUUGCAUCCCGAGCAUGAUCAGAAUAUUUCACCUAUUGGCCUGCCCAGCAACGACCCGCGUGAGCCCGAGUUUGGACUUGAGGGUGCUUACCAGCAUUAA